AGUCGUUUAAACACGAACUGACAGCGAGGCACUUACUGCGUGUUACGUCAUCACUUAUUACGUUAUCAUUUUCAAAACACGCCGAAUGCACGCAAGUUCGGUGGCAGCAUGGGCGUUCGUGUUCCUCUCAAGUUACUGGUACCACAGCCCCAAGAUGAAAGAAUGGAUGGUUUUCAGGAAUGCCAUCUCCAAAUCCUGUCGCAACAUUGAUGACAACUUGGAAAACUGCAUCUACAACCUGCAGCUAAAAUUACUGGAGAGUAAGAAGUGGCGCCAUGCAGCUGCAAAGAGAAAGAAGAGAGCAAAUCCAAGACAGUUCUUUGCCAACAUGACAGAAUUUGGUUCCGUCUUGUUUAACCAGUCCAUGCUGGAGCUUCCUGUGCCAUCACCCCAGUGCAUGUCUUCCUGGCAUUCUGACUCGUUUGUCAACAAUUCUUCCAUUGCUUCCAUUUCUUCCGAAAUUAUCCCAAGAAACACUUUUACUCGCACCAUCAUCCCUGCAGUUUUUAAGAGAAAGAAGCGGAAACGAAGGGCAUCGAAUUCUUCGUCGGACUUCGAUCGCCGAAAAAAUAGCCGAACUAGAAAAGAAAAUGGACGUGUUGGUUAAGAUGCAAACGCAUAGUAACGAGCUAAUUAACUCGUUUGCAGCACGCCUCGAUCUAUACGAAAGGAGUAUGUUCGCUAUGAAGUCCAACAUCGAAGUUUUGCACAAACUGCUUCAAUACACAACAGAGAACUUGGUGAGGCAAGAGUCAAGCAUCCGGAAACUCCACGUGAGAAAGUCUUCGACUCGCAACGAGAUGAAAGCCGUACGGGAAAGCGUGAAGCUGAGCCGUGCGUACUUGCAGAACAGCCUCCACAUGCAGAAAAACUCAUCACAGACUUUAAAAUCUUCUCUGAAAACCUUGUCUAAUUCUGAGAAACGGAUUCUCGACUUGUUUGCCAAACUGCAGAACCACCAAUCAGAGCCUAAGCCCCAGAUUUCUACAUCUCUUCAUUUUGAUACCAUCUACCCUUUCCUGCUGCUGUUAAUCCCAUUAGAAGUGGUGCUUGUGAUGGUCUGUAUGCGGAGCUGUUGUCGGUCCUCGCAAAAUGAAACUCCCAGAACAUAUAUUACAAACCCAUUUAGAUUAUUUCAGGGAAGAGCUGAACGUCAAAAUCAGAAUUCCUCUGAAAAUAUCUUGGAGAUGAUACGACAAAGUGACCUGGACGACGUGGUAUGCUCUUUGUAUUUCGACCAACGCUAUCAGCUUCACGAAUCACUGACAGAGAAUCUGAAACAGAAUGUGCCGAACCUGAGGGUGGAAUAUUGCUACGUGGAGCAACCCAGUGACAUCCUAUCGAUCCCCCGAGCAAAGACCUACCUGCUGUUUGUUGACCUUAAACAAAAGAAUGGCAUUGACCCCAUCAAGGGCACCAACAAUCUGAAGAUUUUCCUGCUGAAUGGUGUGCAGCGCAUGGGUGCUGAUGUGUUCCUGGUGAUGACAGGAGACAAAAACUCUGACCAAUUAGAAGGAAGCACAACCCUUUAUCACCAGAGCCUGAAAUUCCUGCGGAGCCAUCGAGAUGUUUUAUGUUUGAUCUCAGCGAAACGAGUCCUUAGCGUCAACGAAACAUGGACAUCUCACCAACUGGAGCACGUCUCGCAGACAAUUGGAGUCUGGCAUGACAUUGAAUGAAGCGUACAGACGUCUUGGUCAACCGCUGUAUGCAUAUUUAUGUGUGUGUGCGUAUGACAGAGAGGCUGGUAUUUGUUGUUGUUGUUGUUGGUGGUGGUAGUAUU